CCGUUGUAUGUACGUCGUACAAUAAAUCUACUGGAAUUUAAAUCUACUUCCUAUAUUUUACAUUAAUGUUGUCAAAUAAAGUUACUAUUGUAUUAUAUAUAAUGGUAUAAAUUCAUAUUGAAAACAUAAAGGAAUGAUAUAGUAAUUUACACAAAAGAAACAUGGACAGUGCUCCCAAUAUUAUAGGCAAUAAUGUUUGCCGCAUUUGUUUUCAAAUACAAUACAAUACAAUAUCAUUAUACAGCGAUAAAGAUGGAUCCUCUCCUUACGAAAAACUCGUAAAUAAUACAAAACUAAACAUAGCUAUUAAUGACGGGGGACCGAAUGUAAUAUGCGGUCAAUGUUUUAUUGAAAUGAACAUUUUUAUGGAGUUUCUAACCAAAUGUGAGAGAGCAAACAAAUUAUUAUUACAAUACAAGGAGAAUAAUUCUGUUGAUGAUGCUGAGUAUGUCUAUGAAGGUCAAGAAAAACUAUUCGAAAAUGACUGCACUGAAGAAAGAGUUGUCAGUGAUAAUAAAACAAGUGAAAGCUCAGAAUCGAAUACUCCAAUCUCUACAAUUAAGGACAACGCUACACAGAGUAUGAUAAAACAUUGUUGUCAAUAUUGCUCCAAAGUAUUUACCAGGAAGUUUAAUUUAAAAUUACAUCUCGCGCGCCACAGCGGCGCCGCGCCGCGCCCGCGCCCCCGCCCGCGCCGCGCCUGCCCCGCGCCCGCCUGCGGGAAGAGCUUCACGUCGCUCACCAACCUCAACACGCACAUCAGGAGGCAUAACGGCGAGAGACCUUACGAGUGCCCGGAGUGUGGAAAGGCCUUCAGAAGUUCAACGACGCUGAACGAUCACAAGAGAAUUCAUACAGGAGUGAAACCCUACAUGUGUCCGACGUGCGGCAAGCGGUUCACGACCAACAAGCUGUCCGUGCACAUGCGCACGCACGCGCCGCGCCCGCACGCGUGCGGCGCGUGCCCGCGCCGGUUUGUGGAGGCGCGCGCGCUGCGCGAGCACGCGGCGCGGGAGCACGCGGGGGGCGCGGCGGGGGGCGGGCCGGGGCUCGCAGCGGCGCCGGCGCGCGAGCACGCGUGUGCGCUGUGCAGCGCGCGGUACAACCACAAGCAGUCGCUCAACAAGCACCUGAGGAAGCGACACGGAGUGAAAACUUCUGCAGUUGUCACGAAGCAGCAGACCGGCUUUAGUUAGAAGACUGACUUCGCCCGUUUUAUAAUUUUGUAAUUAUUGCUGAUAGUGUUUGUUCUAGUCAGA